AACCUGACUUUAUUAGUUAACUGCCUACGACUGAAGGGCAAACAAUCGAUCGGAAUUCUUUAAAUUAUUUUGUUUUAUAAAAAAGGUUAUUUUCUUUCAUUCAAAAUCUUUGUGAAAAUGGCUGGCCGUCGUGAGCAAGCAGGUGCAUGCUGUCCGCCACCAUGUUGUCCACCUAUGCAAUGUCCGCCUUGUCAAACUGCUCCGUCCUGUAGUCGACUAGUGACAACCUGGAAGGCUUUAAGGCCGGAACCCUACAAUCCCUGCUCAUUCGAGAAUUGCCUAAUCUUUGGCGGCCACGAUGAGCCCUAUAUUCGGCCCCUCGAUCCCAAGGAGUGUGCCCGAAAUCGUCGCAAUGAUGUCGACCGCUCACUGGGUUAUCCCAUAGGCGUAGUAAGUGGAGUGGCUGUGGUCAAGGGUGGAAUUUCAAACCAGGAGAGUAUCCGAUAUGCCGGCUAUCUCAAGGGAUUCGCUCAUUCCUACUAUACGCGUCGCGACGAAUGGCUGCCGGAGAUGAUCGAUAUGGUUGUGAAUGAUGGUCAGAUACUGUUCAAUGAUUCCGAGAAUAUGGUCAAUCCAAAUUCGACUGAAAAUCCGGAUGUGUACGAUGAGAAUGAACAGCGUGUGGCGCGGUCAUUCAAGAUCAAUGACUUUGAGUUCGCUGUGGAGCUGGAGGCGAGCUUUGAGGUUUACGGCUAUCCGAAUACCAUACGCAAUCUGCGACGUAUCCUGAGGGCCUUCUUCAAGAAGUUCAAGUAUGGAGUGUUCUUCUCGGGCACUUGGUAUCUGCUGAUCUGGAAGGAGCGGGGCGUGUGGAUGGUCCUGGAUCUGAAUGGCAGGGAAAAAGAGACCAUGAAACUGAAUCAGGAAGCAGGAUAUCCCGUUCUGUUGGCCUUGAAAUCCCUGGACAAUGUUGUCUGGCUGAUCAAGAAGGAGAGUGACCUGGAGAAGACUGACAAGUUCACUAUUAGGGAGAUCCUGGUCACCCGACUGGCCACGCCGGGCCCUACUGGCCAGAGUUGGGAGCGGGAGCAUGGUAUGCGGAUGAGCGAGUUUGAUGUUAUUGCCUCGGACUAUGCGUAUGUCAAGUCCAAUCUUCAUCUCACCCUGAACCCCAAGGAUGCUCUGAGGAAUCGCAGUGCUCUGCCCGUGGCGGUGGCCACUGCUUUGGCCUCCAAGAUCGAUCAUCCCGCCACUUGGGAUAUGAAGAUGUACGACAAGGUCAUGUGCUAUGGCGUCAAUAUGUGCAAGAACUGUUGGGAGCCCUGUGUGGAUCUUAGCAAGCCCAUGGAUCUCGACGAUUUCCCACGCCAGAUCCGGAUGGGCCAGUUUGUGGCCGAGAUCUUUUUGACGCCCAAUGUCUACGAGGGCUGGUGGAAGUGUGUGCCCAUGUACAAGUUUAAUGACUUCCAUCUGAUGCUGGAGAAGGCUCUAAAUGAGAAUGAUUACAUCAUCUUCCAGAUCAAUAACCAAAUGUACUCGCUGUGGAAGAAGUCUGACUUUAUCUACCUAAUGGAUCCCUAUCGUCACAAUAUCGUGGGUCGCAUCCUGGAGGAGGGCGAGGAUCCCAAGAGUGCCAGCGUUCGCAUGUUUGGGAAUAUGGAUCGCCUGUUGAGUGUCUUCCAUCAGGUCCUUCUCGAAUCCAAUCGUUCGGCCAUCUUUCACAUUCACACUUUGAAAAUAAGGAAUAUCACCGAGUGUCCACCGGGCACAGCUCCGGCCCUGCUGCCCGCCGAUCAGGAUGUGGAGGUUAGGUCGCUCAACGAAAACAUACGCUUCGAUGAAAACUACGACAAGUGCCUGCAGGAGCUGGGUGAGAUCAGUGACUUUGAGGAGGAUCUGGCCUCUGAAAUUGAGCCCAUUGUGGAGAUUAGUUCCUCGGAGGAGAUGGUCGAGGAGGAGGAAGGCGGUGGCGGCGGCGAAGUUGAAGGAGGCGAGGGCGAGGACGAAGACUAAGGCCAAGGACUUUUGUUUUCCCGUUUGUAAGCGAUUAAAAUCGAAGUUUAUCAUCUCAUCUUUUAAAGCAAAUUAUUUUAUCCUAGUAAAAAGUGGCUGUAAUCUUACAAUUAUAUAUCAAAUGUAUGAAAAUGUAUCUAUAAAUUAAAAGUUAUUCCUAAUGGAGCGGAAACUGCCCUAUUUACAAUUCAA